AUCUUUUAUUUAAAUACUUCAGCAAUGUGCUUCUACUUUGUAUUUUGGGAGGGAGAUGUCCUAAUCAAACAGAUGCAGUACAGUCACACCUCCACAUUCAUUAAGGUUAGGGACACAGGAUCUCUGAAGGUAAAAAGCCACAAAUAAAAAAUGCUUUUUUAAAACCUGAGAGAACAUCUCUAUAUGAAUUUCUAGGUCUUUCAGCAUGACUCUAUGGUCAGCUUUUACUGGAAGUUGACCUUGGAAUCACAACGGAGUACAGUACCUAAAAAUCCCUAGAGAAAUAUUCUCUCUAUAAAUCUCUAGGUCCUUUGGUAUGACUAUAGGAAGUUGACCAGAGAGUCACACUGUUACACCUAGAUAUUUCAAUAGAGAACAUUUUGAAUCAAAUCCUUAAGUCAAAACUGCAAAAGUGGUGGCAUGGCUGUAUACCAUUGCUACAUCUGAGACAUUCUCCCGUGUUUUGAAGUAGGAGUGGGCAACUUUUUUCUGUUGAAGGUUGUGAUUGGGAGUCACUUUUCAGAGGCUGCAUGCUCAUGGUAGGCAAUGGAUUGAGAUAAAGUGUUUCUGCCACACCGUUCUUCCUUAUUCUCUUGCAGUAGGAGAAGAACUGGUUAUUUGUGUCAUCUCUUUCAAGGAGCUUUUAAACAUUACUGUAGUUACUUGAGUCUAGUGCACCAUAGAAUCUAAUGAGCACCUCAAAUUUGAAAAGCCUGAAACAAAAAAAGGACUUGAUGGUGAAUGUAAUGUGCCCCUCAUCCUUGUUUGUACUGUUGGACAGUGGUGACAACCAAUCCAUCACUGGAAGUUACUCCAUAGCCUUCUGGAUAACAUAGUAUUUCCUAUCCUCCACAUCUUUCCACCUCCUGCCCUGCCCCCUAUCCCCUUGCCUCCUGUCCCAUUGGCAAACACUGACUGGCCUGAGGGAAAAAAGAGGGAGAAGUGGGACAGGUAAGACUACAUUACUUGGCAGGUUUCUGUUCUGCUUCUUCCUCUUUUUCCCCCUAAGCCAGCCAGUGCCAGCCAGCAUCCGCCAAAGGGACAGGAGCUGAGGAAUGCUGCCACUGCCCAAUGGAGCAAACAAAGAAGAGGAGGGCAAUGGGGUAUUUCAGAGGUACCAAAGAGUCCAAGGAAUCAAGGGAGGAAGGCCACCAACUUCUAGCACCAUUGAAUUUAUUGUGCACCGUCCUGGCGACAUAAUUUAGUUAAAAACUGCAUGCAUCAGACUCAAUCAAAUACGGAAAAAAUGUGUUUUAAUAUAAAUCAAUUUUCUGCUUCAAAUACAAGUUUUGAAAACACCCAGAAUUCCUCCAUCGCUUCUAUCAACAAAUCAACCAAAAGUGGCUAUACGCCACUUGAGCUCCAGUUCCUAGAAAUGAAAAAUCAAUAUAAGGAUGCUAUUUUGUGUGUUGAAUGCGGUUAUAAAUACAGAUUUUUUGGCGAAGAUGCAGAGAUUGCUGCUAAAGAACUGAACAUCUACUGUCAUAAGAACCACAACUUUAUGAGUGCCAGCAUACCAACUCAUAGAUUAUUUGUUCAUGUUCGGCGUCUAGUAGCAAAAGGAUAUAAGGUAGGAGUUGUUAAACAAAUAGAAACAGCUGCUUUGAAGGCUGCUGGAGAGAACAGAAGCUCUCUCUUUGCCCGAAAAUUAACAGCAUUGUAUACAAAAUCUACAAUUCUAGGGGAAGAUGUGAAUCCUCUGCUGAAACUCAAUAAUCUUGAGGAUGCUGAGGAAAUACCAUCUGAUGUCUGUGAUAAUUAUCUCCUUUGUAUUUCUGAAAGCAAAGAAAAUAUAAGGGAUAAGAAUCAUGAUGUUCACAUAGGCAUGGUGGCUGUUCAGCCUACUACAGGAGAAGUUAUUUUUGACAGUUUUCGGGAUUCUGCAGCUCGUUUAGAGCUGGAAAGUUUAAUUUUACGCCUGCAGCCUGUUGAGAUUAUUCUUCCCAAAGAUGUGUCUGAUCAAACUGAAAAAAUUAUCAGUGCUGUCACUUCUUUAAGGGUGCAGGAUGAUAGAAUUCGAAUAGAGAGGAUGGAAAAUGAGCUUUUUGAGAACAGCAGUGCUUUCCAGCUGAUAACGGAUUUCUAUAGCAAUCAAAUGCUUGAUAGUACAGGCUCCCAUGCUCUGUCAGUACUUGUAAAGUUGGAUAAGACAGUUCUAUGCUCAUUGGCUGCAGUAAUUGUGUAUCUUAAACAAUUUAAUUUGGAAAGGAUACUCUACAACCCUAGUAAUUUUAAGAUGCUAUCAAGUGAACCUGAAUACAUGGCACUUAAUGGAAUCACAUUAAAGAAUCUCGAAAUCUUACAGAAUCAAAGUGAUAUGAAAAGACACGGUAGCCUGUUCUGGAUCCUGGAUCAUACAAAAACCUCAUUUGGAAGACGAAGGCUAAAGAAAUGGGUGACACAACCACUCUUGAAAUCAAGUAAAAUUAAUUCCCGACUUGAUGCGGUAUCUGAGGUCCUCAUGUCUGAAUCAAGUGUCCUUAAUCAAAUCAAGGCUCUUCUGCACAAAAUGCCAGAUGUUGAGAGAGGAAUCUGCAGCAUUUAUCACAAAAAGUGUUCCACUCAAGAGUUCUUUCUAAUAGUUAGCACACUCUCUCAAUUAGAAGCUUCAAUCACAGCACUGGCUCCAGCUAUAGAAGCUCAGGUGCAAGCAACAUUAUUGCGUAAGAAUCUCUUGGAAAUUCCUGAUUUGCUUUCUUCAGUGAAAAAAUAUUUAAGCAUACUUAAUGAAGAAGCAGCAAAAUCUGGAGACAAAACCAAACUGUUCAAGGAUCUUCAAGAUUUUCCUUUAAUAAGGACAAGGAAGGAUGAGAUUCAGGCAGUACUCUCUCAAAUCCAGACACAUCUUCAGGAUAUACGAAAAAUACUGAAAUGUUCCUUUGCUGGUUAUGUAACAGUAUCAGGACAAGAGUUUCAGGUUGAAGUUAAGAAUUCACUUGUGUUUUCUGUACCAUCUGACUGGAUUCAAGUUAGCAGCACAAAAGCUGUCAGCCGUUUUCACACUCCUUUUAUUGUAGAAAAUUACAGGCAUCUGAAUCAACUACGUGAGCAGCUAGUCCUUGACUGCAAUGUAGAGUGGCUACACUUCUUAGAUGAUUUCAGUGAUCAUUAUUAUUCAAUCUCUAAAGCGGUAGGUCACUUAGCAACCGUGGACUGCAUUUUUUCCUUGGCUGAGGUUGCCAAACAAGGAGACUAUUGCAGACCUGUAAUAAAAGAUGGAAGAUCAGAGAUAAUGAUAAAAAAUGGAAAGCAUCCAGUGAUAGAUGUGUUACUGGGAGAGCAAGAGCAAUAUGUUCCCAAUGAUACACACAUAGUAUGUGAUGGUCAGAGGGCAAUGAUAAUUACUGGCCCUAACAUGGGUGGAAAGAGUUCUUAUAUAAAGCAAGUUGCAUUGAUUACUUUGAUGGCACAGAUAGGUUCCUAUGUACCUGCUGAGGAAGUCAGAGUUGGAAUUGUGGAUGGCAUAUUUACCAGAAUGGGCGCCACAGAUAACAUAUUCAAAGGUCACAGUACUUUUAUGGAAGAACUGACAGAUACAGCUGACAUAAUUAGAAAAGCAACUUCACAUUCAUUAGUAAUUUUGGAUGAACUUGGGAGAGGAACCAGCACACAUGAUGGAAUAGCAAUUGCUUAUGCUACUUUAGAAUACUUCAUUAGAGAUGUGGGUUCACUGACACUGUUUGUCACCCAUUACCCUCCUUUAUGUGAAUUAGAAAGGGUUUACCCAAGACAAGUUGGAAACUAUCACAUGGCCUUUUUGGUGAAUGAAGAUGAUAGUGAGAAAAAAAGAGGAAUGAAAGAUGAAGAAAAUCCCGAAUUUGUCACUUUCUUGUAUCAAAUAAAAAAAGAAGUUGCUGCAAGAAGUUAUGGGCUAAAUGUUGCUAAACUGGCAGAUGUUCCUGAAGAAAUCCUUAAAAAAGCAGCUCACAAAUCAAAAGAGCUGGAAAGAUUUGUGGAUAUUAAAAGAAAAAGACUGUUGGCCUUUGCUGAAUUAUGGAAUAUUCACAGUGCUGGAGAACUGCAAAAAUGGAAAAAUAUGCGUGAAUCAGAUUAGAUACAACCCUAAAAUUUCUUCAGACUCUCCCAGAUGAAAAUGCAAAUAGCAUAGGAGGUUUAAAAUAACUGAUUAGACAAAGAAAGACUUGCAAACUGAAAUUUCAGAGCCCUUAAUGAAUAUAGUGGUGGACUUUACAUGGCUAACAUAAUCAGGGUUGUUUAAUUCAUAUAAACCAGCACCGGUUAUAAUUUAAGAAGCUAGUUGCUAGAGGACAAACUAGACAUCAGAAGUUUGUCUUGUGGGACAAACUAGAUAUCAGAAGAUCCACACCUUUUUAUUUUAUGGAAAAGUUUGUUUUUGAAAUGUAAUUACAAAAAGAAAAGACAAACCAAGCAACUCUACAAAUGGUUUUACAAAUAGCAACAAAAUUAAGUACCUGUUGAUUAGCCCUGAAAUCUGAACUCAGCUCAGUUUUCUCCACUUUCAGCUUUGUUUUCCUGGAUUUUUUUGUGUUCUAUCCAAUUUUUUACAUUUUGUUUUAUUGAUGGGGAGCUGAGGAAGUCCGUAUCACUAAAUAGGUCAUUGUAUGAAGUUUACCUUUUUUUUUUGUCCUUGCUGAAUUUGAAUCAUGAUCUGCUUAUGUAUAUUGUGCAGCUAUGUUACCGCACUGAGUAAGCUGACUUAGACAAAAUGCACAGCAUGUUCUGCAGAGUAGUGUGAAUGGGUAGGGUGAGCUUGCAGAGCAGGUAGUGAUAAUAGGAGAUGGCUGUUUCAUGAAACCCUUAGAAAAGGGCUGGACAAUUCUUCAGCGGAAGACUGGAGGAAUCUGGAUAUCGCAUCUGUACUCAUGAGGACAAGAAAUGUAGAUCAGCAUACGAUAUGGAUGAGCUCUACAUUGCCACACCAGACCUCUCCACUCUGACCCCUUUUGCCUUUUUGUUCUGAUACUUUCUUGCUUUCUCCUUCCUUCACAUGUCAUCCAGAAGAUCCAUGUUUAAAUUCUUAUUUUAUAAAAAAGGAAAUCAAAAUUGCUAUGGAGCUGAGGUACCUUUCAUCCCUUGAGAAAUGUUUAGUUGAAAUCAUUCUGAAGCGCAUUGGAGAGAAGUAUAUAGGUAUUCCAGAUGGCUCAUUAUUUGUUUUUCCCAUGGGACAAACAAUGAGAGAGGAUACUUUGGGAAAACAUAUGCAGAGUGUUAUGCCCAGAGUGGCUUUUAAUUUUGAAACAAAUGAAGAAGUCUGUCUUCUGGUGUCUCAUCUGUUUUGGUAGCCUGUAAUAUAACUACUGCAUUGGAAAAUCACUGAAUGAACCUUUUACAUGGGCUUUAAUAUCAGGGCUAUAAGAAGGUGUCGAAAAUUUUGUUGGAAGAAAUAAAUAGAAUGUAUUUUUCUUCUACCAGAAUUACCAAUCGUUCCUACCCUCUUAUAUUCUGAAAACUUUUUCUAAAGACUUGAAGAAAUGGUGGGUCAGGUUUUUGGUGCCAUGGAGUCCUGCAGAGGGGCAGAUGAGGGAGAAGAAGAGAAAUUAUGUCUUGAUUUUACUGAUGUUGAAAUGGAAGUGCAAAGUGAGAUCUGGUCCCAUUUUCCCAAACCUUGAGAAUUAUUUAAAUAUAAUAGACAUCUUUAACUCUAAUGUUUCAUUUUUAAUAUUCCUUCCUAAUGUCUAAUCAGUUUAUUCACUGAAAAUACAAGUAUUUUAUUAAAUGACCUCAUAUGAUGUUUCACAAAGGCAAUCCUUGUCUGUGUCUGCUCCAAAAACCUACUUAAUUAAAACACAUAUUUUGAAAGGUUUUUGCUGUUAGAUGAAGUUAACUGGAAUUAUUGAUGGAAAAAUCAUGAAAACCAUAUUCAUAAGUUAUAGGGAACUAGUCUUGUAUUGGAGAAAAGGUUAUUUAAAGACUACAUUUUGUUUCUGGAUCAGUUACAAUGACAGAAUAAUAAAUCAUGCUUUGAAUUAAUAUUUAUUAAGGUUUAUUUAUGAAGAAGAUGUUUAAAUUCAACUGUAUCAAGUCUAAGUAAAGAGUACAAGAAAGCCAAUUUUAACUAUUUACAGUUUAACUCAGGAAAAAUAAUUCAAAUGAUUUAAAACAUAUUAAAUCAUUUAAAGCAGGUUAGAAGUGCUUAAAACGAUGUUUAUGUACAGACUGGAUAAGAUAUUCAAAUCCCAAAUUGUUGUAAAAUAAUAUGAUAAUUCUAUUUGCCAUCUGUUCAGUUGUACAGAAGUGUAUUUUCAUACUUUAUGGAAUUAGAUUUAAUUUUUGAAAUAUGGGUACUGGUUGCUUGCCUCAUACAUGACUGUGGCAUUGUCAGCCUUGUGAUGAUAAUACUCCUGUGGUGACUGUGCCUCAGUAUUGCCACACUCUUCCCAAGUGUGUACAACUAUCAGGAUGCUCAGUGAAUUCAAUUUCUGACAUGAAAAAGGGUAUUCCUAAUAUAAUGGGCAAUUCCCCUAACUUUUUGCUCUCAUCUAGCUUCAGUGGUAAUAAGUGAUAUAUUGCCCAGGCAGCAGGUGUGGUUAUGCUAGAAAAAAAAUAAAAGUUUAUGAAAUACAA